UUGAUUGAUCCUGAUCAAAUAAUAAUGACGACGAUGAUGAUGAACAUGAAGAUUCAUUCAUUUAAAAAUCGAAAAGCUUCGAUUUAAUCGAAUAUCGAAUAAUGUAUUAUCAUCGAACUAUAGUUUGUUUUUGGUUGAAAAUCAAUUUAUUAUCAUAUGUUUUGUGGUUUGGUUUUCAUUCAUCUUUAUCAACAGUGAUUGGCAACAAAUUGCAACCAAAGAAGAAUUCUCACAUGGCUAAACAUUUAUUUUGUUCACAAAAUUAUUUCGAUUCAUUAAGUUAUGAUGGUCGAUCAUAUCGUUUUACUGUUAAUCGACGUGUUAUACACCCUGAUCGAAAACAAUUUGUUUAUGAUGAAUUUCGUCUCUACUAUGAUGGUGAUAAACAUCGUUUCCAUUAUGAAUUUGAUGAUUCUGCAUCCAUCAAUCGGGCUGAUGUAUUACCACGUGGUGGAUUCUACAUUGAUCAAUUAGGGCUUUAUAUUGAUUUCUAUCGUAAUAUUUCGAAUGGUGAAAAUUUCUUCUGUUGUAAUGAUCGUCGAAUAGCUAUCGAUAACCGGACAUUCGAUUGUAAAGAUCUAUUGUCGUCGUUACAUUCGAAUUGUCACAUUAAUUGGAACGAUAAUUUAAAAUGUAAUAAUUUAAAUCGAAAAUGUCUUACAUCAUCAACAAUUAUGUGUCGAAUAUUUCCCUGUACAUAUGUACAACAUAUGAGUGCCAUACAUUUUGCAACAUUCGUUUAUGACAAGGAACGGGAAAAACCAAUUUACAUUUUCACCAACCGUAGUGAACCAUUUUCAUUAAGUACAAUUCGUGUUUUGACAGAAAAAUCUACACAUUGGUUUUUGAAACCGAUCCAUCAAUUGGAUAAAUAUCGUUAUAAAGGUGCAUUUCAAUGGCGAUCAGUGCUGGGUGACAAUAAAAUUUAUCUAAUGGUUGAGCCAUUAUCAUUAUCAUCGAUCCAUACAAGACGAUCGUUGUUGAUCGAAUUGAUUGAUAGUCGACAAUUUUUAUUGGCAAAAAAGACAAAAUCAUGGCAAAUUUUUUUCGGUUGUGAUGCACAUCAUGAUUAUUUUGAUGCAGAAUAUUCUUCACAAACAACAGCAGAUGAUCAAACAAAACGAACAAGUUUUCUAUCCAUUUAUAUAAUGAUCAUAUUGAUUUCAAUAUUAUCAACAGCAUCAGUUUUGUUCAUAUUUAAUAGCCGUCAAACAUUGAAACAAUAUUUCAAUAAUUGUUUCAUUAUUCGUUGGUUUAAUCGUCGAUGUUAAUUGAAUUCAACAGGAACAGCAACGAUCGACCAAACAAAUGGCAAUAACUUUAGCAUAAAGAAAUAUCUUUAUUUUUUCCCCUUAUAACAACCACCUUUCUAUCCUGUGCAUACCUGGACAAGUUAAACGAUAAGAAAAUAUUCCAGGUGAAAAAAAAUGAUAAUUUAUCGUCUUUUUUUGCGGCCAAAAAAAAUAUAUUAAUGGCAAUUUUAAUUUCAUUAACAAACACAAACACAGCAAGACACUCUAACAUAGACUUGAUUUUUCCUUCUAUCUUAUGACCUGAACACACACACACACACCGUACAAAAAUGUGGCCAUUUCACAUUCCAAGGCUGAUUAAUUAGUUAAUUAAUUAAAAAAGAAAUAUAAUUAACUGUUCCCUUCUAUAUUCAGUGUGGUGGUGGUGGUUUCUGGAACCAAUUUUAUUUCUUGAAAAUAAAAUUUUUACCUGGUCAA